AUGGUGCAUGGAUGCAAGCCUGUGGAGCGCAUGGAUAUAAUAGGUGGAUCAGUAUCAGCAAGUCCGUGUUCAUCAUAUCAACCGAGUCCCUGUGCAUCUUAUAAUCCAAGCCCUCCUUCCUCUUCAUUUCCUAGCCCAAUCUCAUCUCAUUGUGCUGCUAAUGCCAUUAAUAAUGCCGACGCAAACUCUCUUAUCCCAUGGCUCAAAAACCUCUCAUCUGGCUCCUCCUCUGGUUCAUCCAAGCUCCCUCACCAUCUCUAUGUUCAUGGAGGUUCUAUAAGUGCUCCGAUAACUGUGAUGAUCCAUCUGCGGGGCAGCCUGGGUCCAGGUUGUCAAACCCCGCCAGAUUCAGGAUGGCUCUCUGGUGUUCAAACUCCCCAAGAUGGGCCUUCAUCUCCCAUGUUCAGCCUUGUCUCAUCUAGUCCAUUUGGCUUCAAGGAGGCCUUAUCGGGUGGAGGAUCUCGAAUGUGGACCCCGGGACAAAGUGGAACAUGCUCUCCAGCAGUUGCAGCAGGUUGUGAUCAAACAGCGGAUGUGCCAAUGUCAGAUGGGAUGGCUGCUGAGUUUGCAUUUGGUUCUAAUGCAAAGGGGGUUGUGAAGGCGUGGGAAGGAGAGAGAAUCCAUGAUGAAUGUGUUGCUGAUGAUGAUCUUGAACUUACGCUUGGCAAUCCUGGAACUAGGUGA